GCAUUUCUCAGCUCGGUAUUGUCAAAGCCAAAAGCUCUGCAUUUGUAGGGUGAACUUGAACAACUGCACAGUCUGACAAAAUACAGGAGAGGCUCCUUGAAGCAAGUACAGCACUGUGUGAAAGUACUGAACGACACCUGUGGUGUGAGCUGAUUAAGUUUGCUUGUUUAUUAACAGCUGUGUGUAUCUGCUAACAAAAGGACCAACAUUCAAGAAUAUGCAGGCUAACCAUUCAUCUCAAAAAACAAUACGAAAUUAAGAAGCAGCUGUUUAUCCAGCCUGUUGCUGCUGACCUGAAUAACGCCAGCGCUGGAGGUCAGUAAAAGCAACAGUUACACAGCUCAACAUCUUUUGAAAAUUGCUCGUUAGUAAAAUGAAGCUAACUGUGUACAGAAGCUGUUUCUCUGGACAAUGCAUUUAAUGUCCCAGACUUUUUUUGGAUAGUUCAAAUCCUAUUUUGUUAAAUAUUAUGUAGACAUGGUUAACAAUAACAAAAACAGUAUAACCAAUGGCUGAAAAAAUGGACUUAAAUUUCCUCAAAGAACUUGAAAGAGAGAAGGUUCUGGAAGUCCUGUACAGGGAUAAGAUACUGAGGGCAGCUGAAGAAGAACGGAUAAGAAAACUGAAGGUUGAGCUCAAAGCAAUCUGCCGCAAGGGUACCAAGAGUUUCAGCCAGCAGUAUACAGAUAAGACCUGUGCCCGAUGUCAGAAAUCCCUUGGGAAGAUAUUGAACAGCGGAGCUGUGUGCAAAGGAUGCAGCCACCGAAUCUGUGCCAAGUGCCGUAUCGUCAUGUCUGACAGGGUGUGGAAAUGCACUGUAUGUUACGCUUAUGGGGAUGUGAAAAUAAAAUCUGGAGACUGGUUCUUUGAAGAAAGAGCAAAAAAAUUCCCAAGUAAACAGGAUUCUGUUGGAGAAACAUUAUUAAAAUCCUAUCAAAGACUGAGUAAUAUUGCCAUUGUCCCUCCCACUCCACCUCCUUUUUUUGAGAAUGUGUCCAUAAACAAUGUUGGGGAGCUGAAACAUUCAAAAGGAUUCACUAAGUCAGUAGAAAACCUGUUCUUUUCACUCACAACCCACAUGAAAAAAAUCUCCAAGUCCCAUAACGACGUGACGGUAAACCAAACUUUCCUGACCACAGAUUACGGACAGGGCACCAAAAAGGAGAGAAGGAGUCAGUCAGACACGGCCAUAAACAAACAAGCCAUGCUAACAAAGGCACCCAGUCUUCCCAUCCUGUUCAAAAAAGCUACAGCUAAUGAAGAUGAAGACAGAAUAGAUUUUGGCCGUGUUGAGAAAGCCAGCUCUACAGAUACACUGUACACCGGAGCAGCGAAAAGGCACAGUACUUGCAGUAUCAGCAGUACAUGUACUGAAGCUGGCAAUUUUGAGAAUGCCAGAGUCAGUGGAGAAAUUGAAUUCUGCAUCGCGUACAACUACAAGACCUCCUGCUUAGAAGUCCGUAUCAAAGCUUGUAAAAACCUGGCCUACGGGGAUGAAAAGAAGAUGAAGUGCAACCCAUACGUCAAAACCUACCUGCUCCCUGACAAGUCCCCUCAGAGUAAACUGAAAACAGCAGUUAAAAAGAAUACAACAGACCCCACUUUCAGUGAAACAUUAAAGUACAACAUAGACCGGUCUCAGCUGGAAACACGGUCCAUUCAGGUGUCUGUGUGGCACACUGGAAUUCUCAAACGCAAGGUAUUCCUGGGGGAGGUCAUCAUUCCUCUGGAUUCAUGGAAGUUUGAGGAGGACUCCACACAGUCAUAUAACUGGUACCAACUGAACUCCAAGCCUGACAGGCUUGAUGAUUGUGUACCAGUACAGUACAAUGGGGAGCUCCAUGUAAAGGUGAAAUUUGUUUUACCAUUGCAAAGCUCCAAAAUCCAGUCUCAACAGCUCUCAGUGGAAGCUCUGCAGAACAAGAUGACUGUUAUCGGUCAACUCAACGUUAUGAUCAUUGGAGCCAAAAACCUGCCAUCUUUAAGGCCUGAUGGUACUUUAAACUCAUUUGUCAAAGGAUGCCUAAUCCUUCCAGACAACAGGCAGUUGAAACAGAAGACUCCAGUGCUUAAGAAGAAAUCUUGCCAACUGUGGAACCACCAGCUUGUAUUCAGCGGUGUGUUUCUGUGUGAGCUGCUGGACUCCUGUCUUGAUAUCACGGUCUGGGACCAUGCUGCCUUUGGCUUCACCGACCGUUUCCUGGGGGGAGUCCGACUAGAGAGGGGGAUACUGUCUACAGACUCCUGGGACAUGGACGCAGCUUCUGGACAACCUUGGCAAAACAUUUUGAGGAGACCAAACACUUGGAAUGACAUCACACUUGUACUUCAUCCAAAUAUGGAGUUUAUGAUGAAAACCUAACAUUGCCAGUUACAAAUUGAUCUUUUUGGAUCCUUUCACUUAAGUGUAAUAGUAAGAGAAAGCUUGUAGAAUAGUAAUAUUGUUUGUCCUUAAAACGUAGGAGCCAGAUAAGAUUAUACUGUUGACCAAGAUAUGCUGUAAUGUUGUGUAUCCAAAGCCCCUGUAUGGAGCUACCACAGCGCUGAAAUAGAACAUGCUAUUGAACAGCAUACAAAAACAUACAUGUGAUGAAUGUAUUUACACUGCAAGGUCAGUUGGGAAGUUCAAAUAAAUGCACACAUCUGCAUUUUAAAAAAAAGUUAAGAUUUCAGCACGUUGGACUUUUUAAAAUGUGCUCUUCAGAAAGGGUACUUGGAAACAGAAGUUACUGUAAGAGGGUUUGCAUUCAUCUUUAUUAAUCACAAUCUAACUAAUCUGAACAAGAACACAAUUGGAUUGUACAGUAGAGCUAGAAUUGGAUACCCCACAUGCCAAAGUGAUGAGGGUGGAUUCAUUUUGACAUCCAAUACUUAUUCAUUCUACUGAGUCUUUGUAUAUUAUGUAAGAGUAAGGGGAGACCAGUAGUAUACCUUAUUAAUGAGACUGCAUAAUCUUUAAGUUUAAUAUUUUCAAUUGCACCACACAGCAGCGCAGAAAUAUGUUAUAUAUUGGAUCACUGGUAAAUCCAUUGUUUUUUUUUUUUUUUUUUUUUUUUUUUUAAA